AUGAGUUUUGUUUUCCGAGGCACAAGAGGAGAUAUAGAAGCUGGGUUUCCAGGACUUGCACCUGAACGGCGUACAGUGCGCGUACAUGCAGCCCGACCAGUCAAUACAAACUCCCUUGCUUUUCUUGUAACAGUGCUUUUGCUGUUUAUGAUUUUAAACUCACACCAAUUGUCUCCUAAUUUCCUGCUGUGGUUGGUGCUUGGUGUGUUCUUUAUGGCGACAACUUUGAGGAUGUAUGCAACUUGCCAGCAACUUCAAGCGCAGGCACAAGCUCAUGCGGUUGCAGCCAGUGGCCUUCUUGGCCACACUGAACUGCGACUUCACAUGCCACCAUCUAUUGCACUUGCAACCAGAGGAAGAUUGCAAGGUCUAAGGCUCCAGCUUGCGCUUCUUGACAGGGAAUUUGAUGACUUAGAUUAUGAAACAUUACGUGCACUAGAUGCUGACAAUGUUCCUACAGCCUCGAUGACCGACGAAGAGAUCAAUGCUCUUCCUGUUCACAAGUAUAAGGCUUCUGGCCCUCAAAGGUUAGAGCUGCAAGACCUUACAAAUGCACAAGCCGGAUUGAAAUCUUCUGAUGACGAAUUGACUUGUAGUGUUUGCUUGGAGCAAGUUAAUGCUGGAGAACUCAUUCGUAGCCUGCCAUGCUUGCAUCAGUUUCAUGUGACUUGCAUAGAUCCUUGGCUUCGACAGCAAGGAACGUGCCCGGUUUGCAAGUUUAGAGCCGGGUCGCAGUGGUCUGAAGGAGAAGAUGAUGCCUCAGACAUGGUUUAA